CAAAGCAUCACGAUAUUUUCUUUCGUGAUUAAAAUUACAAUUUUUGUGAUUAAUAUUGAAUAUUAUAUCCAAAUAACAACCCAUCAUAAUGGCCACAAUGAUAGUGAUAAGAAAAGGAAAAUCUUCCAGAUCGAUUUGCCGCUUAUGCUUCAUGGAACGAGAACAACAUCAACCAAUUUUCGGAAGCGACUACCCAUCUCUAGAUGAAUGGAUUGGCAGUCUAAUAUCAUUGAAGAUCGUUGAUGCUCCAAACGCUCCAGCUUCGUUAUGUUUCGAAUGCAAGGCCACUUUAGAAGAUUUCGAAUCGUUCAUUGAAAUGUGCCGCACUAAUGAUUGUGUAUUCAAUGAGAUGUUUCUCCAAAAUGGUCAGACAACUAAAAGAUCAGAUCCGCAGCAAGUUCCAGCAGAACGUGAAAUAAAGGAUUCUGCUGAAAAUGACAACCGUAUGAUUGAUCCUGUUCUGCCAUUCAAUUCUAGCGCUAACAUAAAAUACCAGAACGUUGAAGAAGUUGGCAAAACUAGCAUUAUCCAAAAGCCCACCGGCGAGGAACAGGAUCAUGUUAAACUGUUGAACGAGACUGAUAAAGAUGAAUCAAUACAGCCCAAACGCGGCAAUAAUGCAAGCAGAAAGAAAAGGAAGAAUGAACGCUGCAGAAUAUGCAAAAUGUACUUUAAUGAUAUUGAUGAGCAUAUGUUGACCCACAAUGAAACAUAUCAAUGCGAAUUGUGCCCGAAAGCAUUCGCUAAGAUGUCUUUACUCAGGACGCACAUUUACAGACACAAGUUACAAAGAAAAUAUUUUUGCAAAGAAUGUGGUAGCGGGUUCAAAUAUCCUAUCGACUUGAAAAAUCACAUCCGAAUUCACACGCAGGAAAAGCCAUUCAAAUGUAAAGAUUGUGGCCUUAUGUUCAGAACUCGCACCAACAUGAAUCGUCACGCGAAGGUUCAUAAGGAGUUAAGUCAUGCAUGUCAACAUUGUAGAACUAGAUUUACCUCAGCGGAGGGGUUGGAGCGCCACAAACGUCAAAUUGUACGGGACAAAUACUGGUGUAAGGUGUGUAAAAAGGAUUUCUCAACAUGCGAUCACCUCGUGUACCACAGAAAAACUGAAAAUCAUUAAAACCAUUUCUGAAUUCUAAUAACAUGUCUCGGGAAUGUUCAGUUCUAAAACUACUCUACGGUUCUACUAUUCUACUUAACCAACGCCCCCGGCUGAGUUAGGGGUAGAGGAUGACACAUGCAACUGAUGUUAAAUAGUAAUUACAAUGUAAGUUAUUGUUUCACCACGUUUAACAUUCUUAGUGAACAAUUGGAAACAUGAUCGAUGUGUGAUUCAUUCAAUUCCAGGUCAAUAAAUUUUGGUUUAUAACUGAUACGCAGACUUUACUUGCUAUUAAGAAGGUUAGAAGCUGGUGGAAUAGGUACUCGUAGUAGUGAUAUGAUUUGAACUUAUGGCGAAUGUUCGGAAAAAAAUAUCUGUCAGUGGCUACCGCAACGUCGAACGGCAGUAAGAGUGCAUGCAAUUAGUAGACAUCGGUUGUCAUAUUCAGUUAAGAGUUUUUUUUUUAACUAGCAAUAUUAAAGUGGUACUGGAAGGAACAGACUCGCAUUCUUCGGUAUUGAAAUCCACUAAUUCACAACUUGCAACUAAAUAUUCGCCCAUAUUUUCGUUUUCGUUCGAACCGUAUUUUCCAUAAAUAAAUGUUUUGGAAAAAACAUUAAGUUUACGGAUUCAUUAACAACUGCUUUUCCGAAUAUUUAAGAACAGGAUUUAGUAUAUGAAAUGAUGAAUAUAAUGCUACUAAGCAACUCUGAAUGUAAAAUGCAAAUCAAAUAAGUUCCCAUUAGCUCUGUUGGCGAAACGAAAGCAAGCAUACUGUUUAUAUUGUCGGAAAAUCGUCCCAAUAAAUUUAUUCCUAUGUAGGGGAAAUUGAUGUAAUGUCGGCCAAAAUGCCUCUAAUUUAGGCCAAUACAUAAAUUCAGCAAUCGACGAAAUGUUCGACAGCGGUAAAAAAUAUCCAUAAGUACCGUCCUAAUGACGCGUUCAUCUAGAUAAAAUUGACAAAUAGCAGAUUUUUAGCGAUGGGCCCAAUCUUAGAUCCAUAGGCCAACAUUAGAGCCAUUUCCCCUAUUUGCCAGAUGCUCACCCUUGAUUUUACCAGUUUUCAUGUUUGCUAUUGCACUAUUGUGUGUAUUUUAUCCCCUUGGUUUGUUUUCCGUCGAUCUUCUCCUUUUUUAUGGCACAGACCUGUUGGUCCAUAUUUUCCGUCGAUCUUGUUUUCCGUAAAGAGGCUGAAUUAAUAAAGAGGCGGCAUGUCAAAAUUGGAACAAUUCCGAUUAUCUGUCAAAGUCAUAGGAAAAGUGUUAUUCCAAUCGAUAAGAAGACCUAUCAAAUGGAUAAGAUGUCGUCUCUUUACCCAAUUCAGUCUCUUUAGUUUUCCGUACUGGAGUACCAAUGCAACCGACGUAGGGGAGGCAGCUCCCACACCUGGACCCUACCUAUCGACCCAUCAACUCAUGCAACGGGGACCAACGGCUUUACUUCCCUUCCAAAGAAAGGUGUGAUCAGAGAUUUUAUGCCUUAGAAAAUCCCGGUGGCGCCGACUGGGAUUGAACCCAGGCCUUUUGGGGUGAGAGGCAAUUACGCUUAC